AUACCGACGCUCCACCCAUGUCACACCCAAGUCUUAUUUAUCCUUCAUUCAAGGCUACAAAACCAUCUAUAAAGAAAAGAGGUCUGAAGUUCAGACUUUGGCCAACAGGAUGAAUACUGGUCUCCAAAAGCUGAAGGAGGCAUCGGUGUCAGUGGCAGCUCUCAGCAAAGAACUGGAGGUGAAAGAGAAGGAGCUACAGAUUGCCAAUGACAAGGCUGAUAUGGUGUUGAAGGAGGUGACAGUAAAAGCCCAGGCAGCAGAGCGAGUGAAGGUAGAGGUACAAAAGGUGAAGGACAAGGCGCAGGCCAUUGUGGACAGCAUUUCAGCUGACAAGGCCAUCGCUGAGGAGAAACUCGAAGCUGCCCGGCCAGCUCUCGAGGAGGCAGAGGCUGCGCUGCAGACAAUUAAACCGUCGGAUAUUGCCACAGUACGGACACUCGGUCGCCCCCCUCACCUCAUCAUGCGGAUCAUGGACUGCGUGCUGCUGCUCUUCCAGAGGAAGGUCAACCCUGUGAAAGUUGACCCAGAGAAGAACUGCAACACUCCUUCAUGGCAGGAGUCAUUAAAACUCAUGACUGCUGGAAACUUCCUGGGCAGUCUGCAGCAAUUCCCCAAGGACAGCAUUAAUAGGGAAACUGUGGAGCUCCUGCAGCCUUAUUUCGAAAUGCCUGACUACAACAUCGAAACAGCCAAGAGGGUGUGUGGCAAUGUAGCUGGCAUAGCAUCCUGGACCAAAGCCAUGGCUUCCUUCUUUUCCAUCAACAAGGAGGUCUUGCCCUUGAAGGCUAACUUGGCCGUGCAGGAGAAUCGUCUGACCAUAGCUAAUGCGGACCUUCAGAAAGCUCAGGCUGAGCUAGACGCCAAGCAGGCAGAGCUUGAUGUGGUACAGGGGGAAUAUGAGAAAGCAAUGAUGGAGAAACAGACCGCUGCUGGAGGAUGCUGGCGCUGCCAGACACAGAUGCAGACAGCGUCCAGUCUCAUCAGCGGUCGUGGCGAGAAGGAGAGAUGGACGGAACAGAGCAAGAGUUUUAUGUACACGUAAACAACGCUUGUUCCUGUUCCAGGUGAUGUUCUUCUGGCCACAGCCUUUCUUUCUUACUCAGGACCUUAUCAGGAGUUUCGUAACCUUCUGCUGAACGACUGGCAGCGAGAGCUGAAGCAACGUUACAUCCCGUUUGAACACCUCAAUCUGACUGAACUGCUCAUUGAUGCGCCCACAGUUAGUGAAUGGACCUUCAGGUCAGGUUUGCCAAAUGAUGACCUGUCCUUCACAUGGCAUUAUUGUACCAAAGCUGCCGUUCCCCUCCUUAUUGACCCACGACCAGGGGAAAUCUGGAUCAGACAAAGAAGCCAGAUGAACAAUUACCAUUUUAAAAUGUGUUUUCUUGUCUGAUCUCAGAUCACCUCACUGAAUCACAAGUACUUCAAGAACCACCUAGAGGACAGUUUGUCUCUUGGUCGACCCUUUUGAUUGAGGAUGUGGGGGAGAGUUGGACCCUGCGCUUGAAACAUACUUGAGAAACUCAUCAAAACCGGCUCCACUUACAAGGUGAAGCUUGGUGACAAAGAAGUGGAUGUGAUAGGGCUUCAGGUUGUAUAUGACACCAAGCUGCCUAACCCGGCUUACACUCUAAUAAGUGCUCGCACCUCCAUCAUUGACUUCACUGUCACCAUGAGAGGACUGGAGGACCAGCCUGGCAGAGUCAUCCUCACUGAAAGCAGUAUACAAGAAUUGGAGAAGGAGAGGACAGACCUCUUGGAAGAUGUGACAUCUAACAAGAGAAAGAUGAGACUAGAAGACAGUCUUCUCUACCGACUGACGAGCACACAAGGGUUCUUGGUUGAUGAUGAGAGUCUGAUUCUUGUCCUUAGCAACACGAAGUGUACGGCUGAAGAAGUCACUCAGAAGUUACAGAUUGCCGCAGAGACUGAGAUCCAGAUCAACGCAGCCAGAGAGGAGUACCGGCCAGUGGCCACCAGGGGCAGCAUCCUGUACUUCCUGAUUACAGAGAUGAGUAUGGUGAAUGUCAUGUAUCAGACGUCUCUUAGACAGUUCCUGGGACUUUUUGACCUUUCUCUGGCCAGGUCUUCUAAAAGCCCUAUCACAAGUAAACGGAUCGCCAACAUCAUAGAGUUCAUGACCUUUGAAGUUUAUAAGUACGCAGCACGGGGCCUGUAUGAGGACCACAAGUUUCUUUUCACUUUGCUGAUGACGCUGAAGAUAGACAUGCAGAGCAACAAGGUCAAACACGAGGAGUUCCUCACACUCAUCAAAGGAGGUGCAUCCUUGGAUCUGAAGGCUUGCCCCCAGAAACCAGCUAAAUGGAUCCUUGACAUGACCUGGCUAAAUCUUGUAGAGCUCAGCAAACUUUGGCAGUUCGCUGAUAUACUGGAUCAGAUAAGUCGUAACGAGAAACAGUGGAAGGCUUGGUUUGACAAGGAGGCCCCAGAGGAGGAAGUAGUCCCAAACUCCUAUGACCAGUCUCUUGACUGUUUUAGACGGCUGCUCCUCAUACGCUGCUGGUGUCCUGACAGGACCAUCGCACAAGCCCGUAAAUACAUAAUGGACGCAGUAGGGGAGAAAUACACUGAAGGGGUGAUUCUUGAUUUAGAGAAGAUGUGGGAGGAGUCGGACCCACGAACACCUCUCAUCUGCUUCCUUUCAAUGGGCUCAGAUCCAACUGACUCCAUUAUAGCACUCGGGAAGAAGCUGAAAAUCGAGACCCGUUAUGUAUCCAUGGGUCAAGGACAAGAGGUCCACGCACGCAAGCUUCUGCAGCAAACUAUGGCUAAUGGUGGCUGGGCCUUACUCCAGAAUUGCCACCUGGGUUUGGACUUCAUGGAUGAGCUCAUGGACACUGUGACAGAGACAGACUUUGUCAACAACAGCUUCCGCCUUUGGAUGACCACUGAGGUCCACAGACACUUUCCCAUCACACUUCUCCAGAUGUCCAUCAAGUUCACCAAUGAACCACCACAGGGCCUCAAGGCAGGGCUUAAGAGGACAUAUGGCGGUAUAAACCAGGACCUUUUGGAUGUCAGUAACAUGGCGCAGUGGAGGCCGAUGCUGUAUGCAGUAGCCUUUCUUCACAGCACAGUUCAGGAGAGAAGGAAAUAUGGCCCCCUGGGAUGGAAUAUUCCCUAUGAGUUCAACCAGGCUGAUUUUAAUGCCACUGUCCAGUUUGUUCAAAACCAUCUUGAUGACAUGGAUAUUAAGAAGGGUGUGUCCUGGAACACAGUUCGAUACAUGAUUGGAGAGAUUCAAUACGGUGGUCGUGUGACCGACGACUAUGACAAGCGCCUCCUCAACACCUUUGCCAAGGUGUGGUUCAGUGAGGAAAUGUUUGGACCUGCAUUUAGCUUCUACAAGGGCUACAGCAUCCCAAAGUGCUCCAGUGUUGACCAGUAUCUAACAUACAUUCAGGUCAGUCUCUAA